GUGAAAUUAUCCAAAGUGUCGAAGUUGGUGGAGAGAGAGUAGUGAAAUUCCGUGUGAGUUUUCCGUGGAUUUUCACGAUGAAAAAGUGAAUUUCUCUUUGCAAAUUCAUGCGUAAGAUUUGCACGGAAGUCCAGGAAUUGAUUUGGUGCUGGUGGUGAAAAUGAGGACGGAAUGUGUGCGCUGAUAUUUGGGUGAAAAAUGUACGUGUGAAAAGUGGCAGAUUCGAAGUCUGAGAGGAAACACAGUAAACAUGGCUGACAGCCAGUAAAUUGAACAUUUGUUUGCUUCGCAUUCCCUGAAAGGAAAAUAUUUCACUGAAAUGUCUGCAUCUUCGAGACACUGAGACGUGAUUUGGUUGUCAUUUCUGCAGAGUAACAAUGAUUGAAGGUCCUCCUGUGGCGGCAUGAGCCUAUGGGGUUGUCUCAUGCCCUGCGGCGUUUUCUGGUGCGACAGUAAAUCGGGAUCUCGUAUGACAGAUGAGAGUGGCACAAUGGGAGCUACAAUAUCAACGACAGAUUGCCCCACGGGCAGUGGCAGUGGCGCGAUGCAGGCGGCAGCCGGUGGGGCCCUUUUGCGCGAGAGGAGGAAGAAGGUCACGGGCUUUGCCACGCUGAGGAAGAAGUUCAUACGCCGUCGACGCUCGUCGAAGGCCUGCGAUCAUGGGCGCGUGUUGCGUGACUUUGUGUCGGAUUGGAGUAGCCUCGAGUUGGCUGCGCUGCUGGAUGAGUACGAAUCACUGGCGGCGCUCAAGGAUUUGUCCGUUCAGGCGGAACUCGCGCGUCCGCCGGCCACGACAUUCAAGCAGGACUUGAGUGCUCUGUAUGACUUCAAGCACUGCACAGAUUGCGACUUGGUGUUCCGGGGAACGGUCUUUCCGGUGCAUCGGGCUCUGCUGUCGGCGCGAUGUCCCUACUUCAGGGAUCUGUUGGCCGGGUGUCCCGGAUAUGGCGCCCGCAUUUGCCUUGAACUCCGCUCAUCACCCGUGGACGUGUCGAUGUUCUCGUCUCUGCUGCGAUACCUGUACACUGGCGACUUGUGUCCUCACGAUCCCACCAUCGAUGUGGGACUGCUGCGGCGUCUGGGCGAGGACUUUGGCACGCCCAAUCCGCUGGAGCACGACUUGAGAUAUCUCCUCGAGACGGGAGACUAUGCGGACGCCGCUCUCGUGUUCACCGCCGAAGGCAGUGACUAUCACAGGCCAGAUUCAGGGAGUUCCGAGUAUGGAUUCCGACCGAAGCUCGAGUUGCCCUGUCACAAGGCAAUUCUCAGUGCUCGUUCGCCGUUCUUUCGCAAUCUCAUCCAGAGGCGAACGCGCAACGGCGAUGAACACACUGAGCGUGCUCUCCAUGUGCCAACACGGAUUGUCCUCGAUGAGACAGUCAUACCGAAGCGAUAUGCUCGUGUGCUGCUGCACGCCAUCUACUUGGACACGGUGGAUUUGUCGCUGAUCCUGCGUGGCAGCGGAUGCGGCGGCGGCGCUUCGGGGAGUCUUGGUGAGGUGCAAGCACUGACACACACGGGACGAACGCGUCCCAGUCCGCUGGAGGAAGCUAUGGAACUCUAUCAGAUUGGGCGAUUCUUAGAGCUGGAUAUCUUGGCGCAGGGAUGUGAGGAUUUAAUUCUCGAGUGGCUGACACUGGACACACUGCCGACGGUGCUCAAGUGGGGCAGUCAACCGCACGGAUCUGCCUGGGUGUACAGACAAGCUUGCCACUAUCUUCGCGAGGAGUUUCCCGCAAUUUCCUGCUCCCAAGUGCUUCAUCAGCUGGACAAAUCCCAACUCAUUGGCGCUCUGCGGAGUAACUUCUUGCAGGCUUCGGAGCUGGAGGUGCUGCAGGCGGUGCUGAAGUGGGGUGAGCAGGAGCUAAUUCGGCGUAUGGAGGAUCGUGAGCCGAAUCUGCUAAGUCACACGGCGCAUUCAGUGACGCGGAAGGGGAUUAAGAAGCGUGACUUGAGUGAUGUGGAAUUGCGUGAGAUUCUGUCGGAGUUGCUGCCGUUGGUGCGAAUGGAUCACGUCUUGCCACCCAACAGUGAGGUGCUGAAUCAGGCCAUCCGACGUGGAUUGGUCAGCACGCCACCGUCGCACAUGAUUGGCGAUGAUCGGGAGAAUUUGCGUGUGAACGCAUGGAUUCGUGGUGGGAAGAAUCAUGGAUUAUUUGUGCGUCCGCGACUAUUUAUGCCGUACUAUGAGGAGAUUAAGGCUCUGCUGGAGGAUCACAUGGCGUCACAGCAGUUGGAUAUGUUGCGCAUGCGAUUGUCACGACACUUGCCAGAUAUUCCUGACACGCUGUACAUGGUGUCGAGACUUGGCACUGCUGGUCAGGGAACUGUGGAUGUUGUGGCGGCGGCUUUACCUGCUCCUGAUCCUAAUACUGUGGCCGCAAUGGCGAAGAGAGAGCAGAAAAUUCGUCAAUCGGCGAGCUGUCAGCGUGCUUUUGCGCUUCCACUGUCCUCCAGGCACGAGAUCAAUCGCCAAGUGAGACUGAGAGUUGUCAGGGAGUUUAACUUUCCGGAUGCCGUGGCAGAUAUGCUCGAGAAUGCGUCCUGCUACUGUGUCGACGAGACGCGGGGAGUGAAUGAUGUUCGGGAUGAACUGGAGGGAUCUCUCGAUGAUGGUGCUUCACCACCGCCAUCGCCGGCUCUGCCCACGGAAGCUGCGGCCGUGCAGAAUGUGGCCGCGUGCUAUGGACGCAACAUGACAUUCCCGCGACAGCAGCAGCAGCAGCAGAAUCACGUCAUCCGGCGCCAAGAACUGCCAGCACUGAUCAUCGAGGGCGACGCCAGCGGAGGCUACAGACUGCCGAUGGCCGAGCAGGAGUCCAGCUCCUGCUCUGACGGCCACUUGUCCGAUAUAAUGCCAGACGUGGCGAUGGCAACGGCUUCGCUGGGACAACUGCAGCUCGGCGAGCAGGGCGAAAGUAUGCAAUUGGACUUGGGCGAUGGAUCGAGUCACUUGAUUGGGGCCGUUGGGAUGAAUGUCCACACGAUGCAACAUCGUCACAUGUCGACGCCGUCUCCAAGCAAUUUCCACCACUUCAUGCGCGGCCCACCGUCUCCGUCACCCUAUGCGAUGCACCGACAGAGUCCGGCGCCUGGAUCAUAUCACUCAGGCCCACCGCGAUUUUUAUAGAAGCUCCAAGUGGCCCCAGAUGUGGGCCUCCACUUCAGUUUGCCUUUCUAGAAAUGACACUCGCGCAGAAUUGCCGCGUGAAGCGAGAGAAGACGAUGAUGAUGAUGAUGAUGAUGAGAGCAAUGAAUCGUUCAAGAGUAAUUUUCUCAAUACCGAGGAAGCAUCUGAAUAAUGUGGAGGUGAAAAACAAGACGAUGAUGACGACUGAAGAGCAAAGUGAGUUUCCAAUGUGUGUGUGUUGAGAAUCGUUGGAGAAACUUCUAAAGGUGGUUGCGCGUGAUGAAAGAAGAAGAAAAGGAGGAGAAGAAAAACUACAAAAUCUGACAUUUAGAAAGUUACAAAAAAAAAUUACGAAAUAUGUAUAUUUAAACAUAAUAUGAUAAUCCAGUAAUUAUUCGUGUAAUUUAUUAAAGAAGAGGAA